AGCUAUUGUACUUCUUUGUGCACUCCAAUCUCAGAAUUUCAUCAAGUUAUUAAGCAGAAAACCAGAUUCUCGUAUAAAGAUCCAGUGCGUACAUUUGUACGCGUUUGUGAAUGACGUCAUGCUUGAUUUGAAAACUAAAAAUGCCGACUACUACAAAUAGUAGUAGGAUUUCAGAGUUAAAAGUUAUGAAAUAUCAUAUGGGGCGCAGUGAGACUCCACAAAAAUUCAGAACGAAUUACUAUCGUAGUAAGUCAUGAAAAUUUGUGGAAGCUAUGGUGAUGGGAUGGAGUCAAGAGGUCACUGGUUUUCCAUUCUUCUUCUCUCAUAGCCAGUCACUCCCAAGUUCUCUCGCAAAUCUCAGCUCUCCAUAUCUCUCCAUCGGCUGGUCUUCUUAGGACUCCGACCCAUAUUUUUCACCAACCCCACCCAUAUUAGCCCAAAGUCACAAGUCUAUAAUUUCCGAAAUCCAACAACAAGCUGGUUUUCACAAUUUGCAGUUGUAAAUAGAAAGGAAAGAUAUAGAUAUUUUUUAACCUUCUAGCUUGUGAAUCUUCCAAAUUGCAAAUACAGUUUUUGCCUUUUCUGUGUUCAAUUUUAUAGCUUUUUGGAAUUUGAGUGUAAAAUAAUGGAUAAGAGCAAUACAAGUUUGGAGGUCAUCGAGCCUGUUGUCGUACGAAAAUGGCCAGCUCACUAUGGCUCAAUAAGGGAUGCAUUCAGCAACUUUAUGGAAAACGAUGUAUUCUCGGACGUGUCUGUAUUCUGUGAUUCCUUUCCUUUUCGCUUGCAUCGGGUCAUUCUGGCUGCAGGAUCGGAAUACUUUGAAUACGUGUUUACAGAAAUGUGCAUCUCAACCUCAGAUGCAGUGGUCAUCAUCUUCAAAAUCCGUCGAGAGAUAUUUCGCUACAUUAUUGACUACAUUUAUAAAGGAAAGGUCACUAUUAAAUUGAGCGAUUCAAAAGAAUUUGAAGACGCAGUUGCCGAGUUGAAAAUUCGUGGCAAUGGUUGUAUUGCAUCAACCUGGAUAAGCGAUGUGUGUCCUAGUGACUUUUUGUGCGUGUCUGUUGACAACGAGGACGAAGACGACUUCAAACCUACGUCAAAACCGAAGGGUUUAGGAAAGCCCUCGGCAGGUCGAGGCGGAGUUUCAGCUUGCGCGACAUUUAAUAACACCGUGUCAAAGGUGUUGAAAGAGCGAAAUAGCAUGGUUCAAUUCGAUGGUGUGUCUGGAAACAAAAAUGGAAACGGAUCUAUAAUCAAGAAACGUAGAGCCAAAUCGGACUCCGCGAAAUCAACAACUUUUACAACACCUCAACCUCCUCCUCCAAAGCGUAGGAGGGGACCCCGACCUCGACAAAUGGACGAUAAUAACCCAGAAAGUGUUUUGGGCGACAUUUUAGACACGGUUUGUAGCGGUUCUGACAAAUUCGAGGAUGUUGAUGGUCUAGUACAGGGUCUGGUAUCCGAAUACCAGAAAAUUGUAGAUUCAAAAAAUGCUCGUAAGCCAAAAUCUGCGCGGAAGCCUGUGUCAGAAGAACAUGAGAAACAGAAGACCGACUUUGAACAAUCGUUGACUAAUGCAGCACAGGAUGUAAUAGACAAGCUACUUCUCAUUGACGAAGCAGCUGCUCUUUAUGGAGUAUCAAUUUCUGGAAUACGCAGACGCAUGAAAGUUUUAAAGACAGCAUCCCCCGAAGACGCUAAAACCGUGUCACCUAAUUUCGUUAAUCCCGAAAAUGUUAAAACCUCAGCACUUGGAGAAGAUAACGAAAUAUGCAAAGGGACUUCACAAAGAGAGGACUCUGAUUGCAACGUUCUGAUCGAUUCGAGCAGAAUCGACGAAAUUAUCCAGGAAGGAGGAACAACUAAUCAAGAAGAAGAUGAAGAAAACAUUGAGGAAAUUUAAAACCACAUGAACACUUUAGAUAGGUUAAAUAGAUGAAGUCUGUUAAAAUGGUCCCAGUUUUCUUCACAUAUGUAUAUAUUUGUUAAAUUUUAUCAAAAUGUGUAGCAUGUUGCGUCAUUGUUUUGUAUUUUUCUCGGAUGAAUGAAAAUACUAUUUAUUCGUUAUGUAAGCUUAUCGAUAUACAUAUGUUUGAAUUUCGUGUUUUUAUAUGUAAGUUAUCAGGCUGGUAUAUUUACGUAUUUGUAAACCUUGUAUGAUGGCCUGUCAUUUAGUUUCUAAAUGAAAUUGUUUACCAAAUUGUUCUAAUUUAAUUGUGUAGCGUUAUAAUUUUAUGGGUAGCUAUGUACAUAUAUACAGAACUUCAUAAUUUCUUUUCAUGAGUGUCUGUCUGCUAGAUUGACUAUGUAUGAUCCUGACAUAAGUACAUAGGUAUAUCGUACGUACGUAUAACGUCAUCUGCAUAUUUAGUGCACUCGUAGGACGAGGAUUAGAAAUUCUGGUUUCAUCAUGAACGAGGUGGAUUA